UCUCUCUUUCUCUCUCUCUCUCUGUGCGUGUGUGUAUCUGUGUGUGAGUUCUCAAUCUUCGAUCUACCAUGGCGUCGUCUGAGAACCUGACAGAGUACGAGCGCAAGCGCCUCGAGAACAUUCGCCGAAACGAUCAGAUGAUGGCUGCCCUUAAACUCCAGUCCAGAGCCUCCGAGCUCUCCGCCUUUUCCAAGCGCCAAAGAGUUGGAACCAAAUCGUACAAAGUAAGUCCGGAGAAGAAACCCAAAACUGAGACGCCAAUCGUGAUCCGACGGUCCUUGCGUACUCGAGGAAUGCCACCAGAUUAUUUGGACUCCAAAGGUCUAGAAGAUAUCGUUGAAACAGUCCCUAAGGUUGCGAAAUCUUCAACCCCAUCGAAGCCUUCGCCAAGCGAUUUGGGGCCCCUUAGUACGAGAGACGCUUAUUGUGGAACCGGGUCCGAUAAAGUGCUAAUUGAAAGACUUUUGGGCGCUUCAAGGAAACCCCAUGAGGAAUUUGGUGAUAAAAAUGGUGGGGGUUCGAUGAGGGGUGCGUGUGGGAGUGGGAGUUGUAUGGAAUUGGGGGCUUUGAGCCUGAAACCAGAGAAUAUUGCGCGAGUUGUGCCGGGGAGGAUCAUGAAUGUGCGGUUUUUUCCUUGUAAAGAUUUGAGAAUGGUUGUGGUGGGGAACAAGUUUGGAAAUAUUGGUUUUUGGAAUGUUGAUUGUGAUACGGAGGAAAAAGAUGGGAUUUAUUUGUAUCACCCGCAUCCAGGUCCCAUCUCAGGGAUUUCGAUUCAGCAACAUUGCUUGCCAAAGAUCUUUACCAGUUGUUAUGACGGAUUUAUCCGAUUGAUGGAUGCUGAGAAGGAGGUAUUUGAUCUGGUAUACUCAAGUGAUGAUACUAUAUAUUCUCUAUCUCAAAGAUUAGAUGAUGUGAAGUGCUUAUAUUUUAGCGAGGGUCAUGGAGUUUUGAAUAUCUGGGAUGAAAGGGUUGGGAAAUGCACAACCCAAUGGAAUUUACAUCAACAUAGGAUUAACUCCAUAGAUUUUAACUCGAAAAACUCUAAUGUCAUGGCUACUAGUUCCUCUGAUGGAACUGCCUGCAUAUGGGAUUUGAGAAGUAUUGCUGCAGAUCAACCCAAACCUCUGAAGGAAGUUAGCCACCAAAGGGCUGUGCAGUCUGCUUACUUCUCACCUUCAGGAAGCUUCCUCGCGACGACAAGCAUGGAUGACAGGGUUGGUAUAGCAAGCGGAAUCAAUUUUGAUGAUACAGUAAUGAUUAAACAUGAUAAUCAGACAGGCAGAUGGAUUUCUUCUUUCAGAGCAAUAUGGGGUUGGGACGAUUCAUACCUCUUCAUUGGCAAUAUGAAAAGAGGAGUUGAUGUUAUGUCCCCAACUCAAAGAAGAACAAUAUUCACUUUACAAAGCCCGGAUGUGUCAGCAAUUCCAUGCAGGUUUGAUGCACACCCAUACAAUGUUGGCAUGCUUGCAGGAGCCACAAGUGGGGGCCAGGUUUAUAUAUGGACAUUGGGCUAGGAACCUCAGUUUCUUUCUGCGCCAGAUUCCUUUACGUUUAGUGUGCCGGUUAGCAUAAAUAUGACUGAUGUCGUAUCUUCAACUUUCAUGUCUUUUCAUGUGUUGUAAACUGACAAGAAACUACUUUUGUUAGUCAGAGGGACUAGAUAUGUUCAGGCCUGUCUAGAAAUUGUAAGGGCGUUUCUUUUUUCUUUUUCCUUUUUCUGGGGAAGAAUUAUCAUGACUAAUGACUAUUUAUGGAAUUAUAUUGUCCAGCCUUAACCAGGUUA